AUGGAGGCUGGACACAUGUUUGUCAAAGAUGUCAGGGAUACAAUGGUUGCAAAUCGUCGGAUGACGAAGUCGAUGAAUGUAGAAGUAUAUUCACGAUGUCUUGAAAUGUUUCGAGUUACGGAGACCAUCGAUCGUCGACCCGGUAUACCACCUAGGUCCUAUGGAGUUGAUCUCCGAAACAGACGAUGCGAUUGUAGAAGGGUCCAAACAUUUCAUUAUCUAUGUGCACAUUUCGUGGCACUGUGUGCUAAAGUCUUGCUUAAUGUUGAACAAUUUAUAGAUAAUGUGUACACCCUCGAGCGCAUGUUGCCUGUUUGGGAGAAUAAGUUUCCCGUCCUGCCUGACCUAUCUACGUGGGAGGUGCCUCCGACAAAUUUCGAGAUUGUCCUAGACAAAGGGUUGCGUAGGAAUCCGAAAGGUCGUCCGCAAUCAUCUAGAAUCCAUAAUGAAAUGGACAUUAGGGAGAAAUCUGACGGUAAGCGUUGUGGAUUAUGCAGAUUAGUUGGUCGUAAUUGA